ACAAGUCGGUACGCUCACGUGUUGAAUGUCAACAGCAAGUAGUACGAAUAGUUUAUCCUAAUAAAAAGUACGUAAUGUAUAAUGUGACAGCGAGUAAUUUCGGAGAAUUCAGCCCGAAGAUACGCGAAUCUCUAAAUAGAGCGAAGUUUGUAUCGUUCGACUGUGAGUUCAGCGGUAUAAAUUCGUUCGAAGAGACGAAAGUGAGCCUUUUCGAUACUGUCGAAGACCGAUAUCAGAUACUCAAAAGCAGUAUUAAGCGAUGCAUCGCGAUUCAGGUUGGCCUGACAACUUACAACUGCGACCGAGAUGUGAACAAGUAUAAUGCCGAAGUCUUCAAUUUUUAUCUAUUUCCAAAUGUAGCGCCAGGUAGAGAUACCGUUUUUGAGUGGCGCGCUUCUGCAAUAGAAUUUUUGUGCUCGCACAAGUUCGAUUUCAACAAGCUUGCUUACGAUGGGAUUUCCUAUCUCAACGAGGAGGAAGAGCAGGAACUCCGUCGCAGGGUCGCUGACAACAUUCUAUUACGGAACAUCGAACGAUCUGUAUCUUACAUGGAAGAAGAUAAACUUAAGGAAAGUUACAACCGUGUUGCCGAAUGGUUGAAAACUUCUAACGUCGGGGAACCAAUGAGCUUGGACGCCGCAUCCCCCAUGCUAGAGUAUCUGAUGCAGAAAGAGCUGAGGACCAGGUAUCCGCAGAUUUGGACGGAACCACGACACGGAAAGAUCAUCUUACAAAGAGUUGACAAAGAGAUGCGCACAAUACUCGAAGAAAAAGAGGAUAAUAAAUUAGAGGAAACAUUGGUCAACUCUUACUUAGGAUUUUCGGACAUAUUUAAACUCAUAGUCAGUUUAAAAAAACCAAUUGUCGGACACAACGUACUCCUCGAUCUUAUGUUCAUGCAUCAACAGUUUUACAUGCCGCUACCAGACAAAUAUAACACCUUCAAGAACAAUAUCCACAGGUUAUUUCCCACAAUUUACGACACAAAACAUCUCAGCUUUGAACUGAAGCGAUUAGUACAGAAAAAAAAUUUGUGGGAAUCUAACGGUCUGGCAACUUUGUACAAUUACUUCAAAGAAAACAGGAGCCAAAUGUUGGCUCUCAACUCGCCUCAAAUCUCACUAUGCGAUGAACAAUCAUCAGAAACUGGCAGGUUUCAUGAAGCUGGCUGGGACUCAUACUGCGCAGGAUACUGUUUCAUAAAAUUGGCUCACGUUUUUGCAAUCUCACACUACGGAGGCGAAACGGAAUUGAGGCCUCUAACCAAUGCUGAAAUACUCUCGGGUCCAAAAGCGCAUGCAAACUGCAUAAAUUUGAUUCGUGCCAGAAUAAGCCACGUGAACUUGGCUGGUCCUGAUCCUAUCUGCGCAAGGCCACAAUGGCUUCACGUCAAAAGUCUCGGACCUAACAAGAUGAAUAUUUCUCAGAUUGCAGAGAUGUUCUCACCGUAUGGAGCAGUGGACGUGAAACUGCUGAAACGUCAUCAAGCUCUCGUCGCUGUUGGAAAUCAUGGAACCGCUCGAGAUAUAUUAACGCGUUUCCGGAGUAGCAGAGAUAUUCAAGUGGCGCCCUACAGUCUGUUGCGACAUUCUCCGGCUCUGCAGAUUCUCUUAUGGGGCGGUAUCCUCGUCUCGGGUGGAGCUUUGGCAUGGGUGAUGCAUAGGAAUCUGCAUAAAAGUUCGGUUUCGUAAAGAUAUUCAAGCUUACGGAGUACUUUUAGUUGGUGCGAGAAAACGACGAAUAGAAGAAAAAAAGAAACACACAUACACAGGAAAAA